GAGCCACAUACUCUUUUAGCAUGUUUAGGGUCUCCUAAUACACUCCCCCUACACCCCAUUCGAACCCCCAAAGAGAUAAGAGAGCAAGGGAAUCCACACAACCCAAGAGAGAAGGAAGGAGGAGAGCUGUCCGCAGGUUCGUUCUUCAGUGCGUAGCUCUGAUUGUUUGAGCCAUAAAUUGAGAUUUACUCAUCCAAAUAAGGCGUGCGAGAUACCAACAGAAAGCUCUCAAGACUAGGAAUCCGUUAAGGUCUGGUUUGCAUCAAUCGGAGUAGUGGAAGGCUUCCAAAUAGACCGAGCAAAACACGACCUCGCAGAAUACGUUUUUGUAUUCAAAGGAACGAUUUCGUCGGGAAACACCCGUUCUAGGGACUGUUUUGUGUGUCUUCGGUUAGGAGUUGAACUAGCACUUUGAAGAGGCUGUUUAACACUCAAUUCCAAGCAAGGAAUCAUUCCUCAAUCUUCCUUGGCCGAGGCUUUGGUCAUUGGAUCGAGAAGGAAAGUUUUAAAGCUCAUUUGAGGUUGAGGUUAGAGCUUGCAUCCUGUGCUCGUUGAUCGAGUGAUUCCUAGGAGAGAAGACUUGGUUCGUGCUUCCUCCAUUCUAUUUGAAACAUUAAUAAAUUUACUCAUGGAUAUUUUACUAUAGAGCCUGCGUGCUCAUGAAUAGCCCUGUGUGGCCCCUUUUGUUUUAAACAAUGUUUUCCGCUGCGUUACGAAUUACUUAUUAUGUUUGUUUAUGGAUGUAUAUGUGUGAAUGAUAUUCAAGACGCCUUGUGUAAUAUGAAUGUGUUGGACUGCGGUUGACUAUUCGUAUUGUACGGCGGGUUGUUGACGUGUCCGGAUAGGUCCGGGGCGUGACAAUUAAGUUGGUAUCAGAGCCUUAGUCCAUAAACUUCAUAAUGAAGUCUCAAAAUCCUCUUUUUUGAAAAAGAAAAAAAAAACUGAAAACCAUGAGCAUAGAAGUUUUGUACUUGGAGAGCUUUUGGCACUUGGGUUGCAAGGUCUCUAAUUGUUAAGAUGGUACCCUUAGCAAUUGGUAUGGCGGUGACUCGAGCCAAAAUGUGUCUUAAGUACCUAUCCGUCAAUUGACAUUUGAUACGAGUCUAAUGACUCUUUCCGAAUUUCUUUCAGAAAUGGACCGUGGGUGGCAGGAUUACUAGGAGAAACCCGACCGGCCGUGUACCAGUGGAGACUGGACAGGGCAGUCGAAGGACCUCUAGGGCAUCUAGAGGGGCGGGCCGUGGGGGCCGAUCACAGACCGUGAGUGACGGUCAUGUCGACACAGAAAGUGAAACCUACUGGUCCUAUGAGGACUCGACUUACCAACCGGAAACCGAGCCGGUUGAGACCCCUUACGAAGGGGAUGACGACGAUAUAAGUGAUGAAGAAGGGGAGAAUGACUCCCUAGCAAGAAUAGAGGCGCUGCUCCAGCAAUAUCAGCAGGAGCGCGAGGAAAGGAGGGAACGCCGAAGGCGCCGGAAAGGGCGAACUUCGGGUGGGGCUUCAAGAGGAAGAAGCCAUGGCGACUCUAGGGCCCACAUUGAACCACAUGGGGGCCGGGGUGAUGGGGGUCCAAUCAUAAGGAUCUCCAAAUUUCUCAAAGGGGCGAGAGACUUGGGGUGCAAGCCCUUCAACGGAGCAGGCGACAUCUCGGUCGCCGCGGAAUGGAUCAAGAGGUUGAACGAAGCAGCCCUUGAUAUGCAACUUACCCCCGAAUUUAAACUAAGGGUGGCGGUGAGAUUGCUCGAAGGGAUGGCAUCCACAUGGUGGGACGGAGCCAAGGGAAAGUAUGGCAAUACCGUGACUUGGGAGAAUUUCCGACAGGAGUUCUUUGCCCAGUACUAUUCUGAUUUUGAGGUGAACGCCAAGAGGAGAGAGUAUACCCUCCUGACCCAAGGUGGCAAAAUGACGGUGAGGCAACUUGAACACAAAUUCAGGGAGCUCGCGGAGUUCAUACCGGAGUAUGUCUGUGAUGAGAACCGGAUGGUAAAUCACUUCUGGGAUGCCUUAGACUUGGAGGUGCGUGAGAGGGCAACACAGUUGCCUAACAUGACCUUUAGCCAGGUGGUCGAGCAGGGGUUGAAAGGAGAGAAACAAUGGGAGGAAAGGAAGAAGAGAGACGCCGAGGAGGCGAAAAAGAGAAAGUGGGAGAGUCAUGGCUCCCAAGGUUCCAACAAAAAGGGAAACCAUGGAGGAGGAUCUUUCCGUGCACCGCCGCUACCAUCUAGGGGGAACCAAGGCCCGAGAAGGCAUGACUCGGGGUCACAAGUCUCGGGGACGCCUCGUUGCUUGAAUUGCAAGAAGAGUCACCUCAGAAAAUGCCGUGAACCUCCUAGAUGCUUCCAAUGCGGGAACACCGGGCAUUUGAAGGCGCAUUGCCCACAAUUGGGUGGGCCAAGGUCAUCGGGACCAAGUAGCAGGGCUACGGGAACAAGAAACCAAGCCGGGGGUUCCCAAGUAACCAGGGGGCAAGGGGGAGCAAGCGCGAGCAACGCGCCAUCCGUGAACCAAGGAAGGACCCAGGCUAGGGUCUACGCGAUGACGGAGGCGGAUGCUCAAGCUAACCCGGAUUCCGUUGCAGGUUGAGGCUAGAGCUUGCAUCCUGUGCUCGUUGAUCGAGUGAUUCCUAGGAGAGAAGACUUGGUUCGUGCUUCCUCCAUUCUAUUUGAAACAUUAAUAAAUUUGCUCAUGGAUAUUUUACUAUACAGCCUGCGUGCUCAUGAAUAGCCCUGUGUGGCCCCUUUUGUUUUAAACAAUGUUUUCCGCUGCGUUACGAAUUACUUAUUAUGUUUGUUUAUGGAUGUAUAUGUGUGAAUGAUAUUCAAGACGCCUUGUGUAAUAUGAAUGUGUUGGACUGCGGUUGACUAUUCGUAUUGUACGGCGGGUUGUUGACGUGUCCGGAUAGGUCCGGGGCGUGACAAAGUCCAUGUUUUCUAAUUGCAUUUUGUUUACGUCUCCUCAGAA